CUCGGCCCUAUAGGCGCCUCCUCCGCCCGCCGCCCGGGAGCUGCAGCCGCCGCCGCCGCUGCCACUCCCGCUCUCUCCGCGCCGCCGUCGCCACCGCCACUGCCACUACCACUGGCUGAGUCUGCAGUCCAGAGGAGAAAUGCAAGCCUGGCAGCCAUUCCGCUCUGAGAAGAUCUGGGGGAACCCCACCGGCUGGCCAAGCUGCAAAGAGGCGCGGGAACCACUGUCGUGCCCCUCCCCUCCUCACUGCAGUGUUCUCCCAUCUCAUCAUUUGAUCGUACCCCGCCCCCCACUGCAGUGACCUCCCCUUCCUCACUGCAUUGACCUUCUCCUCUUCCCAGGGGGAGGGGGAAUCCCUUCUACAGCCCUAGACUGCAGCCAGCACCUCCCUACCCACCCCCAACCCCACUGCAGUAACCUCUUUCCCAUCCCUCCCAGCCUCCUGCCCCGCCCAUUGAUCUCAGGCUCCACCCCUCUAAGCCUCUUAUCUUUCUCCUUCCUUCCCUUCCACCCGAGGAGAUCCCAGCCAUCAUGUCCAUAGAGAAGAUCUGGGCCCGUGAGAUCCUGGACUCCCGCGGGAACCCCACAGUGGAGGUGGAUCUCUAUACUGCCAAAGGUCUUUUCAGGGCUGCAGUGCCCAGUGGAGCCUCUACCGGCAUCUAUGAAGCCCUGGAGCUCAGAGAUGGAGACAAACAGCGUUACUUAGGCAAAGGUGUCCUGAAGGCAGUGGACCACAUCAACUCCACCAUCGCGCCAGUCCUCAUCAGCUCAGGUCUCUCUGUGGUGGAGCAAGAGAAACUGGACAACCUGAUGCUGGAGUUGGAUGGGACUGAGAACAAAUCCAAGUUUGGGGCCAAUGCCAUCCUGGGUGUGUCUCUGGCCGUGUGUAAGGCAGGGGCAGCUGAGCGGGAACUGCCCCUAUAUCGCCACAUUGCUCAGCUGGCCGGGAACUCAGACCUCAUCUUGCCUGUGCCGGCCUUCAACGUGAUCAAUGGUGGCUCUCAUGCUGGGAACAAGCUGGCCAUGCAGGAGUUCAUGAUCCUCCCAGUGGGAGCUGAGAGCUUUCGGGAUGCCAUGCGACUGGGUGCAGAGGUCUACCAUACACUCAAGGGAGUCAUCAAGGACAAAUAUGGCAAGGAUGCCACCAAUGUGGGGGAUGAAGGUGGCUUUGCCCCCAAUAUCCUGGAGAACAGUGAAGCCUUGGAGCUGGUGAAGGAAGCCAUCGACAAGGCUGGCUAUACAGAAAAGAUCGUCAUUGGCAUGGAUGUUGCUGCCUCAGAGUUCCAUCGUGAUGGCAAAUAUGACUUGGACUUCAAGUCUCCCGCUGAUCCUUCCCGAUACAUCACUGGGGACCAGCUGGGGACGCUCUACCAGGACUUUGUCAGGGACUAUCCUGUGGUCUCCAUUGAGGACCCGUUUGACCAGGAUGACUGGGCUGCCUGGUCCAAGUUCACAGCCAAUGUAGGGAUCCAGAUUGUGGGUGAUGACCUGACAGUGACCAACCCAAAACGUAUUGAGCGGGCAGUGGAAGAAAAGGCCUGCAACUGUCUGCUGCUCAAGGUCAACCAGAUCGGCUCGGUCACUGAAGCCAUCCAAGCGUGCAAGCUGGCCCAGGAGAAUGGCUGGGGGGUCAUGGUGAGUCAUCGCUCAGGAGAAACGGAGGACACAUUCAUUGCUGACCUGGUGGUGGGGCUGUGCACAGGCCAGAUCAAGACUGGUGCCCCGUGCCGUUCUGAACGUCUGGCUAAGUACAACCAGCUCAUGAGGAUUGAGGAAGAGCUGGGGGAUGAAGCUCGAUUUGCCGGACAUAACUUCCGUAAUCCCAGCGUGCUGUGAUUCCUCUGCUUGCCUGGAGACGUGGAACCUCUGUCUCAUCCUCCUGGAACCUUGCUGUCCUGAUCUGUGAUAGUUCACCCUCUGAGAUCCCCUGAGUCCCAGGGUUUCCAGAACUUCCCUGAUUGACCUGCUCCGGCUGCUCCUUGGCUUACCUGAGCUCUUGCUGUGUCUGCUCACCCUCCUUUCUGGGCCCUACUCAUUGGGGCUCUGCACUUUCCACUUCUUCCUUUCUCUUUCUCUCUUCCCUCAAAAACUAGAAAUGUGAAUGAGGAUUAUUAUAAAAGGGGGUCUGUGGAAGAAUGAUCAGCAUCUGUGAUGGGAGUGUCAGGGUGGGUGUGCUGAGGUGUUAAAGAGGGACCAUGUGUCACUUGUGCUUUGCUCUUGUGCCCUGUGUUUUCCACUUUGCAUAUGAGCCAUGAACUGUGCAUAGUGCUGGGGUGGAGGGGAGUGCUGGGCAUGUGAUCAUGCCUGGCUAAUAAGGCUUUAGUGUAUUUAUUUAUUUAUUUAUUUAUUUAUUUAAUUUGCUUUUCAUUCAUCCCAUUAAUCAUUUCCCCAUAACUCAAUGGCCUAAAACUGGCCUGACUUGAGGGAACGAUGUGUCUGUAUUUCAUGUGGCUGUAGAUCCCAAGAUGACUGGGGUAGGAGGUCUUGCUAGAAUGGGAAGGGUCAUAGAAAGGGCCUUGACAUCAGUUCCUUUGUGUGUAGUCACUGAAGCCUGCGUUGGUCCAGAGCGGAGGCUGUGUGCCUGGGGGAGUUUUCCUCUAUACAUCUCUCCCCAACCCUAGGUUCCCUGUUCUUCCUCCAGCUGCACCAGAGCAACCUCUCACUCCCCAUGCCAUGUUCCACGGUUGCCACCACCUCUGUGGCACUGAAAUGAGCACCACCAUUAAAGUCUGAAUCAGUGUA